GGGCUGUGCCCGGCCGGGCUCCAUGGGUAAAAGACCGGCCACCAGACACUCGCCGUCAUGCCCCCCCUCCAGGCCUGGCUCCAGAGUGGAGCCCCGGUAACCCGCGUCCUGGCGAGGGAACACGUAUUCCAAAGUUUGUAUCCAUUAUCGGGCUCGAUCUAAAAUUAAAAACAAACAUACACAAUCAUGCUGAAACCAUUUCUCCCAUUUUUUGUCUACCUUGAACAGUCAGCAACAUCAUUUGAAAACCUAAUCAAUGGUCAUGACAAACAAUCUUACAAUUUCUUCAGGUUUUGUGCAAACAUAUGUCUUGUUUGCCUCAUCCAGGGUAAAUAAAAGAAGUGAAAAACAAUAUGUACAUUUGUGCUGCAUUGUGGCACUCACGUUCUCAUUGUGUUCUUCAUCUUACAUUUAGUUGAAUCUUGGAAAAAGUAAAACAGGUCAUUUAGUUCAGGAGUAAAAUAUUGACUUUCUGACUACUUUUCUAUACUUUCAGCUGAGUUUAGCAGACCUUUUCUUGAUACGUUCAAAAGAGAAAAAAAAAAAACAAAAAUGUUUGCACAUCAGCUAUUGUGAUAUUUUUGAUGAAAGUAAAAAUCAAUUCACACUCGUGUUUCGUCUACAGCAUUUCUGGAUGGAGGGAGGCGUGAGUGAUGACGUGAUUUUGCACAUAAAUUCAUGCACUCUUGAAUGAACAAUAUAAACAUGUGCUAAAGGAGGAGGAGAGUUAUGGAGGCUUCACUUUACACACGUUUCCUCUUGACUCUCGGUUUCGCAUCCGUGGCCUCCUCCACUGAUUCACCUUGCAGUUUGCUGAGAGGUUUCCGCCUCAAUGAAAUGCACACACCAGGUGAUGUGGUUCUGGGUGGGCUGUUUGAGGUGCACUACACUUCUCUUUUCCCCGACAUCACAUACACCUCCGAGCCAGAGCAACCGAUCUGUGAAGGUUUUGACACUCUAGGUUUUAGAGAUGCCAUGACCAUGGCCUUUGCCGUUGAGGAGAUCAACAAGAACCCCGACCUGCUGCCAAACCUGACCCUGGGAUACAGCCUGUAUGAUAACUGCGGUGCGCUUGUUAUUGGCUUCAGCGGCGCCUUAUCUCUGGCCAGCGGCCAGGAAGAGGGGAUUUCACCUCAGGAGAACUGUUCAGGGACUCCUCCAAUUCUUGCCAUCGUUGGUGAUUCCUAUUCAACAUUUUCAAUAGCAAUUGCCAAUGUGUUGGGUUUGUUCAAAUUACCAAUUGUGAGUUAUUUUGCCACAUGUUCAUGCCUGAGUGACCGUCAGCAGUUUCCGUCCUUCUUCAGAACAAUCCCAAGUGACGCUUUCCAGGUGAACGCCGUGAUUCAAAUUCUGAAGCACUUCGGCUGGACGUGGGUCGGCCUGCUGGUUACCAACGAUGAUUACGGGUUCUAUGUGGCCCAGUCUUUUCAGUCGAGCCUCUCGCAGCAGGAUGCAGCUUGUCUGGCGUAUGUGGAGGUUUUGCCCUGGGAUAGCAAACCAGGCGAACUUAAGAGAAUUGUAAAUUUGAUCAAGACGUCAACGGCUCGAGUUGUCAUCGUGUUUGCUCAUGAGAUUCACACGGUUAGGCUGAUAGACGAGGUAGUAGAACAAAAUGUCACUGGCCGACAAUGGAUAGCAAGUGAAGCGUGGACAUCAGCAGCUGUACUCCAGAUUCCCCGCUUCAUUCCUUUCCUUGGUGGCACUCUGGGUAUCGCUAUUCGUCGAGGGGAAAUACCAGGGCUCAGAGACUUUCUACUACGAACCCAUCCAAAUAAAAACAACAACCACGAGACUAAUCUGGUGAGACAGUUCUGGGAACACACGUUUCAGUGUAAAUUUGAACCAGCCGAAGGGGAAGAAGAUGAUAAAGCUCAGUGCACUGGUGAUGAAGAUCUUGAACAGGUUGAGACUGAGCUUUUGGAUGUGUCCAACCUCAGACCUGAGUAUAACGUUUACAAAGCGGUGUAUGCUCUGGCUCAUGCUCUUGAUGAGAUGCUGCAUUGUGAGCCAGGCAAAGGACCCUUUGUUGAUCGGACCUGCGCGGCUCUGCAAAGUCUGGAGCCGUGGCAGCUUUUGCAUUAUUUACAGAAAGUCAAUUUCACCACGCCGUUUGGUGAUCAAGUGUUGUUUGAUGAAAAUGGUGACGCCUUGCCUAUAUAUGAUGUCAUGAACUGGGUGUGGCUCCCGGAUGGAGGAACCAAAAUCCAUAACGUUGGCGAAGUGAAGAAGUCUGCCUUCGGAAGGGAAGAGCUCGUACUUAACGAAAACUUGAUCUUUUGGAACUUUGAGUCAAAACAGCCACCCCAGUCAGCAUGCAGUGAAAACUGUCCUCCAGGUACACGGAUGGCAAGAAAAAAGGGCCAGCCUGUCUGCUGCUUUGACUGCAUUCCCUGUUCUGAUGGAAAGAUCAGCAACGGAUCUAAUGCCAGAGAGUGCAUCAGUUGUCCAGAGGACUUCUGGUCCAGCCCACAGCGAGAUCACUGUCUCCCUAAAAAGACUGAGUUCCUGUCCUACCAUGAACCACUUGGGAUUUGUUUAACAACCACCUCACUGCUGGGCACAUUCAUCUGCGCUGUUGUUCUGGGGAUCUUCAUCUAUCACCGCAGUACACCGAUAGUACGAGCCAACAACUCAGAACUCAGUUUCCUGCUCCUGGUGUCACUCAAGUUGUGCUUCCUGUGUUCGCUGCUGUUCAUCGGACGACCCAGACUGUGGACAUGUCAACUGAGACACGCUGUAUUUGGGAUCAGCUUUGUGCUCUGUGUGUCCUGCAUCCUGGUUAAAACCAUGGUGGUUCUGGCUGUGUUCAAAGCCUCCAAGCCAGGAGGGGGAGCCAGUCUCAAGUGGUUCGGUCCAACACAGCAGCGAGGAACUGUCUUCGCUCUCACUUGCAUUCAAGCGGCGGUGUGCACUGUUUGGAUCGUCUCUGCUUCACCGAUGCCACAUAAAAACACUCAGUACCAAAAUGACAAAAUAGUUUAUGAGUGCGAAGUUGGUUCAACCUUUGGAUUUGCUGUUCUACUUAGUUACAUUGGUUUACUAGCUUCCAUUAGCUUUGUGUGCUAUGAUGGGCAGAGGAAUCACAUUUUUUUCUCCUAA